AUGGCUGAGGAUGGCCUGGCCCUCCGGCCCGGCCGCGCCCGGCCCCCGGCUCCUGCAUCCCUGAGGCCCUUCGCUCCUUCGGGACGGGCCCGCGCGUACAGCCAGGAGGCAGCGCUUGGGGCAAGGGGCCAGGCAGGCCCGCUGGCCGAGUACUCACCGCCCAGCAGCAGCCGCCGCCGCUGCCGCCGCGCGUCCGCUGGACCAGGCCGGCGGUGUGGGCCGGCCAGCUGGGCGGGGCGCGGCACCGGCGCGGACACCGCUAAUUGGCUGCUGCCGGCCCGGCCCCGCCCCCUAUCGGCCCUGCCCCCUCGCUGGGCUACGGAAGGGCCUACGCCCGCACGUCCUACUGCUGAGGCCGUUCGGGCAGAGUUACGUGAUCCGACGUACACUGGGGCCACACGUCUGGCGGGCCGUACAAGAUUGCGUCACUGGCCGCGAGCCACAUUGGCGCCUGCGCAGAAGGCAGCGAUAGAGGCGUUUCCGCUGCGCGGCGCCACGGGCGGCCUGGGCUACUCCGGAAGGACAUGUGAAUGGCGUGGUCACCUUGAGUCUAUCCUAGCCGCUCUCCCGCGGUGCGGGCACCUCUCGUGCAGUGUGUGUCCAACGUCUUCCACUCAGAGGAAUGAAAUGGAGGAACAGACCAAAAGGAACAAAAAGAAACCAACCAUCACCUCAUGUCUUCACGUCCCCCCUGCCAGGGAACAUGAGGGAGAAAGAGAAAGACCAACCAUCACCUCAUGCCCCCCCUGCUGGGGAACAUGAGAGAAAGAGAGAGACCAGCCAUCACCUCAUGUCUUCAUGUCUCCCCUGUCAGGGAACAUGAGGGAGAAAGAGAAAGACCAACUAUUACCUCAUGUCCCCCUUGCCGGGGAACAUGAGGGAGAAAGAGAAAGACCAUUACCUCAUGUCCCCUGCCUGGGAACAUGAGGGAAAAAGAGAAACAGACCAAAAGAAACAAUGGAGUCACAUCAGCCAAUGAAGGCGAAUUUUCCUAACCUAACAUGUUUUCCACAUACCACAUCUUCUUUAUCCACUUAUCUAUGGGUGAACAUUUGGGUUUCCAUCUCUUUGCUCUUAAUGCUGCUAUGAAUUCUAUGUACAAGUAUCUGAGUCCCUGCUCUUACUUCUUUGGGGUAUAUAUCUAGAAGCAGAAUUGUUGGAUCAUAUGUUAAUUCUAUAC